CUUACGUCUCUGGCGACAGCAUUGCAACAAUGUUGUGAAUACGUGGUGCAGUCAAUGCUGGAAGUUCAACGUUUUGGAACCAGAUACAUUAUCAGUCGCGUAAAUUUAUUCAAUGUUGAUAUUGUAGUGUUUCGAAGUAACAAAAGACGAGUGUUACGUUGUAGUUAAAUCGCCUCGAUAUUUAGAGAGGGGUGUGUGCGCGAGACAUGAGUGCUCAUGUAGCGCGGCUAGGAUGAGUUGUCAUCAGACUUCUACCUGGACAGACGACUAUUCAGUUCAACAGGAAAACGAACUAGAAGCGCUUGCAUCCAUUUUUGGAGAAGAUUUUCAGGAUCUGCGGAAUAAGCAUCCAUGGAAGGUUGGCCUACUUUCAACACAAUUGACGUAUGAAUAGAUAGUAGCAACUUUUUGCCAAAAUGAGUUCCUGAUUGCUGCGAACGAACGGCUCUUUUUGAACGGCUCUUUUUGGGGAACGGAGCCGAAUCGCAUCGGUAAAAGAGCCGUUCAUUUGGCUGCAUACUGUUACCACUGCUUUUUGAGUUCAAAACAACAUUUUCCUGCUGAUAAGUUACAAAAUAAUUGUCGAAAGAGGGUGAAUCCUCACUGCAGGAACAAUAAAUAGUGGGGAGAGCGUAGUAGAAGAAAUUGAAGAAUUUGUUCAGGUAAAAAAUUAUUUGAAGGAGCAUUUCACGAUCUGACAUAAUGGUAGCCUACCUUUUGCGCUUUACAUUGGAGAUUUGCAAUUUUUUAAAGCAUUUUUAAGCAUUUUGAACGAAUAGCUGUUUUGGAGCCAAAUGAGCCGGCUCUUUUACGUGAACAGAGCCAAAUGAGGCGACUUACCGAAAAUACUCGGAAUGCCCAUCACUAUUGCUGAUGCAAAGUUGUGCUAAUUACACCAACGCCAUGCAUGUCUAUUUGUGGCUAGGUUUCCAAUAUCCUCUCUGUUGUUUUAUCCUCAUCCAGAUUAAAGUGCCACCAGAGGUAUACCUGUGUCUGCGACCAAAUGGGCUAAGCAAUGGGAAGGAAAGUUAUGUGACAGUGGAUCUGCAGGUCCAAUGCCCACCUACGUACCCUGAUGUGUGAGUAUCAUUACUCAAUCCAUCAAUGGGAUGGAUAUAUCAGUGUUCCUUGCCCUAGAUUCAGAUGUUUAUAAUGUUGCAUAAUAUUGCCUGCCUAGAAUAAACCUCUGACACUAGGAAGACUGUAUGGCCCUUAUCAUGACUCCAAUUACAUUACAUUGGGUCAUUCCACCCCUUGACCUUUUCCACAUUUUGUUGUUACAACCUGAAUUUAAAAUUGAUUAAAUUGAGACUGUGUUAAAUAAUAGUGUUUAACAUGACUUUUGAAUGACUACCUCAUCUCUACCCCACACAUACAAUUAUCGGUAAAGUCCCUCAGAGGAGCAGUGAAUUUCAAACACAGAUUUAACCACAAAGACCAGGGAGGUUUUCAAAUCAAAUCAAAUUUUAUUGGCCACAUGCGCCGAAUACAACAGGUGCAGACAUUACAGUGAAAUGCUUACUUACAGCCCUUAACCAACAGUGCAGAAGUAAAAUAAAAUAACAGUAGGGAGGCUAUAUAUACAGGGGGUACCGGUGCAGAGUCAAUGUGCGGGGGCACCGGCUAGUUGAGGUAGUUGAAGUAAUAUGUACAUGUGGGCAGAGUUAGUGACUAUGCAUAAAUAAUUAACAGAGUAGCAGCAGCGUAAAAUGAUGGGGUGGGGGGGGCAGUGCAAAUAGCCCGGGUAGCCAUGAUUAGCUGUUUAGGAGUCUUAUGGCUUGGGGGUAGAAGCUGUUGAGAAGUAUUUUGGACCUAGACUUGGCACUCCGGUACCGCUUGCCGUGCGGUAGCAGAGAGAACAGUCUAUGACUAGGGUGGCUGGAGUCUUUGACAAUUUUGAGGGCCUUCCUCUGACACCGCCUGGUAUAGAGGUCCUGGAUGGCAGGAAGCUUGGCCCCAGUGAUGUACUGGGCCGUACGCACUACCCUCUGUAGUGCCUUACGGUCGGAGGCCAAGCAGUUGCCAUACCAGGCGGUGAUGCAACCAUUCAGGAUGCUCUCGAUGGUGCAGCAGCUGUAGAAUUUUUUGAGGAUCUGAGGACCCAUGCCAAAUCUUUUCAGUCUCCUGAGGGGGAAUAGGCUUUGUCGUGCCCUCUUCACGACUGUCUUGGUGUGUUUGGACCAUAAUAGUUCGUUGGUGAUGUGGACACCAAGGAACUUGAAGCUCUCAACCUGUUCCACUACAGCCCCGUCGAUGAGAAUGGGGGCGUGCUCAGUCCUCUUUUUUUUUUUUUCCUGUAGUCCACAAUCAUCUCCUUUGUCUUGGUCACGUUGAGGGAGAGGUUGUUAUCCUGGCACCACAUGGCCAGGUCUCUGACCUCCUCCCUAUAGGCUGUCUCAUCGUUGUUGGUGAUCAGGCCUACCACUGUUGUGUCGUCGGCAAACUUAAUGAUGGUGUUGGAGUCGUGCCUGGCCAUGCAGUCAUGGGUGAACAGGAAGUACAGGAGGGGACUGAGCACGCACCCCUGAGGGCCCCGUGUUGAGGAUCAGUGUGGCAGAUGUGUUGUUACCUACCCUUACCACCUGGGGGGCGGCCCGUCAGGAAGUCCAGGAUCCAGUUGCAGAGGGAGGUGUUUAGUCCCAGGAUCCUUAGCUUAGUGAUGAGCUUUGAGGGCACUAUGGUGUUGAAUGCUGAGCUGUAGUCAGUGAAUAGCAUUCUCACGUAGGUGUUCCUCUUGUCCAGGUGGGAAAGGGCAGUGUGGAGUGCAAUAGAGAUAGCAUCAUCUGUGGAUCUGUUGGGGCGGUAUGCAAAUUGGAGUGGGUCUAGGGUUUCUGGGAUAAUGGUGUUGAUGUGAGCCAUGACCAGCCUUUCAAAGCACUUCAUGGCUACAGACGUCAGUGCUACGGGUCGGUAGUCAUUUAGGCAGGUUAUCUUAGAGUCCUUGGGCACGGGGACUAUGGUGGUCUGUUUGAAACAUGUUGGUAUUACAGACUCAGUCAGGGGACAUGUUGAAAAUGUCAGUGAAGACACUUGCCAGUUGGUCAGCACAUGCUCGGAGUACACGUCCUGGUAAUCCGUCUGGUAAUUCCAGUGCCUCACAAAGGUCACCUAUUGUUAGAUUGGUACAAAAAAAUAAAAAAUGCGGACAUUGAAUAUCCCUUUGAGCAUGGUGAAGUUAUUAAUUACACUUUGGAUGGUGAAUCAAUCCACCCAGUCACUACAAAGAUACAGGCGUCCUUCCUAACUCAGUUGCUGGAGAGGAAGGAAAUCGCUCAGGGAUUUCACCAUGAGGCCAAUGGUGACUUUAAAACAGUUACAGAGUUUAAUGGCUGUGAUAGAAGAACUGAAGAUGUAUCAACAACAUUGUAGUUACUCCACAAUACUAACUUAACUGACGGUACAUACGGAAAAUAUUCCAAAACAUGCAUCCUGUUUGCAAUAAGGCACUAAAGUAAAACUGCAAAAACUGUGGCAAAUAAGUGAACUUUAUGUCCUGAAUACAAAUUGUUAUGUUUAGGGCAAAUCCAAUACAACACAUCACUGAGUACCACUCUUCAUAUUUUCAAGCAUGGUGGUGGCUGCAUCAUGUUAUGGGUAUGCUUGUCAUCGGCAAGGACUAGGGAGUUUUUUAGGAUAAAAAUAAACGGAAUAGUGCUAAGCACAGGAAAACCUAGUUCAAUCAGCUUUCCAACAGACACUGGGAGAUACAUUCACCUUUCAGCAGGACAAUCAUCUAAAAUCCAAGGCCAAAUAUACGCUGGAGUUGCUUGCCAAGACGACAUUGAAUGUUCUUGAGUAGUUAAAGUUUUGACUUAAAUCGGCUUGAAAAUCUAUGGCAAGACUUGAAAAUGGCUGUCUAGCCAUGAUCAACAAUCAACUUGACAGAGCUUGAAAAAUAUAAAAAAAGAAUGAUGUGCAAAUAUUGUACAAUCCAGGUGUGCAGAAAGACUCACAGCUGUAAUCGCUGCCAAAGGUGAUUCUAACAUGUAUUGACUCAGGGUUGUGAAUACUUAUGAAAAUGAUAUAUUUCUGUAUUUCAUUUUGAAUACAUUUGCACAAAUUUUUAAGAACAUGUUUUCACUUUGUCAUUAUGGGGUAUUGUGUGUAGAUGGGUGAGGAAAAAAGUCAAUUUAACCUAUUUUGAAUUCCGGCUGUAACACAACAACAUUUGGAAUAACUCAAGGGGUAUGAAUACUUUCUGAAGGAAUUGUAGCUAUAUGCCACCUGAGGCAAAUGCCCUGACGCUAGCUUCUGAUGCUGCCCGACGCUGGCCAAAUGCUCUGCCUAAACGCAAAUAUGCCUCGCUCGCGAUACGGUUUUGGAAACAUUUGGAAUUUAACUUUCAUAUGAGCGACAUUAUUUUUCAAAUACAAAUGAUACACUUACUGUACACAGUUUAGCAAAGUUACUCCCGGCUGUAAUUUGAAAAACGUGAUCCAGAUGGAAAUGUUAAAUGGAAUGGUCCAAUAGGAGCGCAAGGUGGGAGUAUGUGUCGUAGCCGAGACCGUGUGAAAACGAAGCCGGGUGCAACUUUGCUGAACUGCGUACAGUAAGUGUAUCUUCUGUAUUUAUAUAUAUUUUCUCACUUAUAUAAAAAGUUAAGUUCCAAAGGUUUCCAAAACCAUAUCACAAGUGAGGAUUAACAAUGUUUCUAAACGUUAAAACAAAGCGUCGGGAUUAUAGUUCACAUGGAGCCAGCUGUGGUCCAUACCUUCAGAUGAGAACCCAAGAGGGGGACCUGCUGUAAGCCCCCUUGUUACCCCUUGGGUUUUCGAGAGCUAGGCACAAAUGUACAGUCAACAUGUCUUUUGGUUUGGUACAAUCGCCUAAUAAUUUAAUCAGUUUUAAGCAAAAUGUUAUAGAUGCAUAGCAAUAAUUCCUGUUUGUUGUUUACUUGGGCGACAGACCUCCAGAGUUUGAGCUGAAGAAUGCCAAAGGUCUCUCCAAUGACAACCUCCAGAGCCUCCAGACACAGCUCACUAAACUGGCUGCAGAGCGAUGUGGGGAGGUGAGAUAAGACAUAUACAGGCAGACAGACAGACGGAUGCCAACAGACAUUCAGACAUCUCCACUCUGAACCAAACAUGUAGAUCUGAAUAGUAUAAUAUCUACUCGUAGUUAAGAGUAGAUGACCCAUGAAAUCCUGUGCCAUUUUGCAAUAGCCGCAUCUCAGUGACAGAAAAUAUUUGUCUUCCCAUAAUCUACCCUCUCUUCUCCCAGGUGAUGAUCUAUGAGCUGGCCGACCAUGUCCAGGGCUUCCUGAGUGAACACAACAAGCCUCCGUCCAGCUCCUUCCAUGAGGAGAUGCUGAAGAACCAGCGGCUGCAUCAGGAGAGGCUAGCCCUGGAGGAGCAGGAGAAACUGGACCAACGCCGCAGGCAGGAGGAGCAGACGGUGAGGACGCAUGCAUGCUGAUACACGCACACAAACAAACAAACAAACACACACACACACACACAAACAAACACUUACUGUCCUCCUUACUGUACCUCUCAACUCAUUCUUGUCUAAAGCAAUUUGAGAUCAUGGCUGAAAUCAAAAGAAGAGAGGAGGAGAAACGAGAGGAGAAGAGGAGAAAGGAAAUGGCCAAACAGGUUCCUUCAUAAUCUUCAAAUGUGUACAUUUUGCAAACUCGUGCUGUUUUAGUAGAUAAGCAAUUCUUAUUACACCUCUGGAAAAUUGUUUGGAAUGAUUAACUAUGUGUGUUUUUAGGCUACUGAUCAUCAAUUAAUAUAUUAUUUGAAACCAAAUAUAUGAAAGCCAUGUUCUACUAGACCUGAAAUACACCUUUUAAAAGAAACAUUUUAAUGCAAAACAGAGCCUGAAAUGCAAAACAGAGCCUGAAAUAACUGUUUGAUUUCACCAUAAUCUGGCUUUGUGACUGCCCAGGAGCGCCUUGAGAGUAUGGACCAGCCUGCCGUAGACAGUUCUGCAUUGGGCAGCUCAUCUUAUUCCCCUGGGCCUCCACCUGAGCUUACUGAGCCCAGAAGAGGGGCCAACCCCCGGAGACUGACCAACUCCAACACCCGCCACAGGCACGGACCAGCCACAUGUGUAAAUAAUAUAUAGCUCUGUGCCUGAACUACCCAUAGCUAACACUGCAUGUUGUUUUUGUUGUAACCAGACGGGACACAUACAGCGAGGAUAGCCCACGCUCACAGGAAGUGCUUUACUUCAGCAACAGUACCCUUGGGGACCUCAUGGUGCAUAGAGGGAAGUGCCUCGGUAAGAGCUUAAAAUUCUCUGUAAAUCUCUCAUUAUGGUUUCUGCAUUGUAGUUUACUGUACUGUCAGUGUUGAGUUGUGUGCCUCAAUAUGCUAUGUGUCUGUGUCUCUGGCAGGGGAGAGUGAGAGACUUGGCCGUAAUGUUUAUAAUGCUUUCGAUGCGACCAACGGAGAGUUUGCUAUAGUAUAUGAGUGGAUCCUACGCUGGAACAAGAAGAUUGGCAAGUUCUUCACCAGUGAAGAAAAGGGGAAGAUUGACAAUUGUAAAAAGCAGGUGAGUAAUUCCUAGCUGAGAUCCUGACAUCAGAUGUAGGACUAAUAGAUGUCAAGAUAUUGGAACAGAGGCCUACACACUAAGUAAUACCCUCUGCCCAUUUCUUUGUAGAUCCAUGGAGCGGAGAGUGAGCUGAACUCCCUGCUAAAGCUGAAACACCCUAACCUGGUGCACUACCAGGCCUUGAGCUCCAGUGAGAGGGAUGACUGCCUGGUGGUGGACCUGCUGGUAGAGCAUGUGGGAGGCAGCAGCAGCCUGAGCCAGAGCCUGUCCAGCCAGAACCCCAUCCCACUGGACCGCCUCCGCCAGCACACCACCCAGCUCCUGGCUGCCCUCGACUACCUCCACUCCAACUCUGUGGUCCACAAGCAGCUGGGCGCCUCCAGCGUGUUGCUGGACCACUUGGGCAAUGUGCGUCUCACAGACUACAGCCUCUCCAAGAGACUGGGCGACAUCUGCAAGGAGGACAUCUUUGAGCAGGCCCGCGUGCGCUUCUGUGAGGACGCGCUGCCCACCAAGGCUGGGAAGAAAGGGGACGUGUGGAGCCUGGGGCUGAUGCUGCUGGCACUGAGCCAGGGGAAGGAGGUCAGGGAGUACCCAGUGUCUGUGCCCACCAGCCUGCCCGCUGACUUCCAGGACUUCCUCAACAGGUAUGCCUGCCUGACAAGAACCAUCCAUUCAGUUUGGCCAGACAGCUAGAUUCGGUGUCGGCCAGACAGCUAGUCUCGGUGUAAUAAUAAUAAUAAUAUGCCAUUUAGCAGACGCUUUUAUCCAAAGCGACUUACAGUCAUGUGCGCAUACAUUUUUACAUAGAACCCCAUCCCACUGGACCGCCUCCGCCAGCACACCACCCAGCUCCUGGCUGCUCACUCUCCGCUCCAUGGAUCUACAAAGAAAUGGGCAGAGGGUAUUACUUAGUGUCAGCCAGACAGCUAGUCUCAGCCACUUCCAUGCCUGUACCUCACAUUUUAAUGGUGGCAUUCUAUUAAAACUUAAAUUUUUCCUGUGGUUGAAUUCUAAAUGAAAAUGUGCUUUACAGAGUAACACAAUGUGGACCAGAGGAUUAGAUGUUGACAGGCCACAGUGGGCCAUGCCAGGAAUGUCAGCUCUGUUAAUUUGGAAGUUUCCAUGCUUAAUGCACCGUUCUCUGUUCUGUUCUGUGCGAUAGGUGUGUGUGUCUGAAUGAUGCUGACCGCUGGAACACCCAGCAGCUCUUGGACCACUCUUUCCUCAACCCUCCACUUCCAAAGACCCCUCCACAGUGCCAGGACGCUAGUCCAGAAGGUGACAACUAAGUUCAGAUCAGGGCCACUAGCUAUUUUCAGUCUCCAAGCCUAUAAUGUUGUGGGAAAAUGGUUGCCUUUUUAAGAGUCUUGAUUCAAGAUAUACAGUGAGGGGGAAAAAAGUAUUUGAUCACCUGCUGAUUUCGUAUGUUUUCCCACUGACAAAGACAUGAUCAGUCUAUCAUUUUAAUGGUAGGUUUAUUUGAACAGUGAGAGACAGAAUAACAACAAAAAAAUCCAGAAAAAUGCAUGUCAAAAAUGUUAUAAAUUGAUUUGCAUUUUAAUGAGGGAAAUAAGUAUUUGACCCCUCUGCAAAACAUGACUUAGUACUUGGUGGCAAAAGCCUUAUUGGCAAUCAGAAGUCAGACAUUUCUUGUAGUUGGCCACCAGGUUUGCACACAUCUCAGGAGGGAUUUUGUCCCACUCCUCUUUGCAGAUCUUCUCCAAGUCAUUAAGGUUUCGAGGCUGACGUUUGGCAACUCAAACCUUCAGCUCCCUCCACAGAUUUUCUAUGGGAUUAUGGUCUGGAGACUGGCUAGGCCACUCCAGGACCUUAAUGUGUUUCUUCUUGAGCCACUCCUUUGUUGCCUUGGCCGUGUGUUUUGGGUCAUUGUCAUGCUGGAAUACCCAUCCACGACCUAUUUUCAAUGCCCUGGCUGAGGGAAGGAGGUUCUCACCCAAGAUUUGACGGUACAUGGCCCCGUCCAUCGUCCCUUUGAUGCGGGGAAGUUGUCCUGUCCCCUUAGCAGAAAAACACCCCCUUAGCAUAAUGUUUCCACCUCCAUGUUUGACGGUGGGGAUGAUGUUCUUGGGGUCAUAGGCAGCAUUCCUCAUCCUCCAAACACGGCGAGUUGAGUUGAUGCCAAAGAGCUCAAUUUUGGUCUCAUCUGACCACAACACUUUCACCCAGUUCUCCUCUGAAUCAUUCAGAUGUUCAUUGGCAAACUUCAGACAGGCCUGUAUAUGUGCUUUCUUGAGCAGGGGGACCUUGCGGGCGCUGCAGGAUUUCAGUCCUUCACGGACUAUGGUCCCAGCUGCCUUGAGAUCAUUGACAAGAUCCUCCCGUGUAGUUCUGGGCUGAUUCCUCACCGUUCUCAUGAUCAUUGCAACUCCACGAGGUGAGAUCUUGCAUGGAGCCCCAGGCCGAGGGAGAUUGACAAUUAUUUUGUGUUUCUUCCAUUUGCGAAUAAUCGCACCAACUGUUGUCACCUUCUCACCAAGCUGCUUGGCGAUGGUCUUGUAGCCCAUUCCAGCCGUGUGUAGGUCUACAAUCUUGUCCCUGACAUCCUUGGAGAGCUCUUUGGUCUUGGCCAUGGUGGAGAGUUUGGAAUCUGAUUGAUUGGUUCUGUGGACAGGUGUCUUUUAUACAGGUAACAAACUGAGAUUAGGAGCACCCCCUUUAAGAGUGUGCUCCUAAUCUCAGCUCGUUACCUGUAUAAAAGACACCUGGGAGCCAGAAAUCUUUCUGAUUGAGAGGGGGUCAAAUACUUAUUUCCCUCAUUAAAAUGAAAAAUCAAUUUAUAACAUUUUUGACAUGUUUUUCUGGAUUUUUGUUGUUGUUAUUCUUCUCUCACUGUUCAAAUAAACCUACCAUUAAAAUUAUAGACUGAUCAUGUCUUUGUCAGUGGGCAAACGUACAAAAUCAGCAGGGAAUCAAAUACUUUUUCCCUCACUGUAGAAUCCUAACGGAUGUAUUCUGUCCUCUCCCAGACAUUGGUGAUGACUUUGUGUCGUCGGUCAUCCCUCACAGUCACAUCCUCAAUGCUCCAUUCAGCACUGGGCUGCAGAGGCAGUUCUCACGCUACUUCAACGAGUUUGAGGAGUUACAGCUGCUGGGGAAAGGAGCUUUUGGUGCCGUUAUCAAGGUAACCCAUGUUUAAUAUAGCAUAGCUGACAGUAGCUUUCAUAGCCUUCCCCUUUAUUAAGUCCAUGGUUAUUGUUCACAUAAUGUUUGUCUCCCGACCCAUCUCUUUUUCUCUUUCCAUCCUGUCGUUGUGUUUAGGUCCAGAACAAGCUGGAUGGCUGUUACUAUGCUGUGAAGCGUAUCCAGGUGAACCCGGCCAGUAAGCAGUUCCGUAGGAUCAAAGGUGAGGUGACGCUGCUGUCGCGCCUCAACCAUGAGAACAUCGUCCGCUACUACAACGCCUGGAUCGAGAGGCACGAGACCACCUCCAUGGGGGUACUGAGCUCAGACAGCUCCGAGGCCCGGAGCACAGCGGAGAGACUGCCUCAGGUCCAAGCCCCUUCUCUAGGCCUCAACGAGCUGGGAAUCAGCAUGCUUGACAACGUGGAGGAUAACGCCCCACCCCCUGCCCUGGCCAGCUCGGUGGAGUGGAGCACCUCCAUCGAGAGGUCCUCUAGCGCCAAGUGCAGUGGUCACGAGUCCAGCGACGAGGAGGAGGAGGAGGAGGAGGAUGAUGAUGAUGAUGAUGUUUUCUGUGCCUCGUUCCUGUGAGUUCUCCUAAGGCAUCAUAACUAUUGGAGUGUGCAGGCCAAAAUAGCUUUGAUGGUGUAAUAGCAUCUAUCGGAGAUUCUUUUCACAUAGUAUAUGCUCUGUACUCUUGAUAUAUGGAACUACAAUUAUUGACUUUUGGUAUUUGCUUUGGUUUGUUUGCGUCUAGCCCAUCAAACAGUGACUCGGAGAGUGACAUCAUUUUUGACAAUGGAGAUGGCAGCAUAUCCCAGGUUAGUGUUUAGAUGUGACCCGAUUCAGAAUCGUAGGCAUUUGACGCCAUUUCCUACUUCACAGUAGGGCCGUUAUUUAUUUAUUUAUUUAUUUAUGUAUUUUCUGUGCAGAAACGCCUCCUUGAACAUGUGAACUUUCAUAUGCCUUAAUUACAAACUUGUAUGAGAUCUGUAAAUAUUGAUGAGAGAAAUUAAUGAUGAGCCUAGUUUAGCCAUGGAAAAGCACUGUAUUUAGGGAGAAAGGCAGGAUCCAUGAUUGGUUGAGAUAAUGAAGGAAGAUAAUUGAGAGACUAAUUUCUGGAGGACAAUGUCAUGCUGACUUGUGCUUUUACAUGUGAUUUCUUAAAGAGAUGGUUGGGGCUGAGGCAUAAGAGGUUGUAAACUAUGCUGAAUGGGAGCGUAAACAAAGAAGCGCUCUCUAGAAAGCGUGAAAAUCAUUCAAGGGCAUUAUUCUCCUACUUUUCUCCAAAGUGGGAUAACAAGAUAAUCAGAUUUCAAAGAAGCAUAACUUUCCAAUGUUUCCCUCAACUACAGUGUAUGAUAUACCAUUUUGAAGCUCUGAGUGUACUUUUAUAAAAUGAAUAAUAAAAAAUAAAAAUAGUCAUUCUUGAAAAUUGGACAUAAGCUCUCCUUCCUGAAUUCAGUCACAUAUUAUCGUCAUGCUGUGUGUUACUUGCAUCAAUUUAAUCAAUGUAAUCUCCAUCCCUCAGGAAGAGCCAAGCAAGAGAAUGGGUGGUGACAUGAUAGAGAGCACAGACUCUGAGAGGCCACAGCUCAUAGCCCAUUAUCUUUACAUCCAGGUAAGGCUCAGUUCACUAGCACUCAACUAAUACCCCACUAGAGGACACUGUUCUAUGUCUAAUAUCUAACCUGUGUUCUCUUCUCCCUCCAGAUGGAAUACUGUGAAAAAAGCACUUUACGAGACACCAUUGACCAGGGCCUCCAUCAGGACAAAAGUCGCCUGUGGAGAUUCUUCAGGGAGGUCCUGGAUGGACUGGCUUACAUCCACCAACAGGUCUGUCUGUGAACCCUCCGCCUCCCCUAAUUAAUGUCCUCCUCAGAGUGUACUGCAGGGUUAAAUGUCUGCUUUAGGGUGUGGAACAGAGAUGUAAUGUAAAGAUCAGAGAAUUUGAGAAGAGAGGAGAGAGGAGAGAGGUGGGACUGUCCUGUCACAUUCGGUUAGGAAGGAGGGAGUCCAAGACAGUCACUGCUUGUGAUUCUGCUGUUCCACUCCAAGUAUCUGCUAAAUCUUCAGAUCCCAAUGUCAAAGAAAGGUUCAUAGUGGAAAUUGAAGUGGGAUAUAAUUUGUCAUGUAGGAAUUAUUGAUGACUCAUUAUCCACCUUUGCAAAAUUGUAAAUUAAAGGAUCCUCUUCUCUUUUUCUCAAACACUCAAAUGUUUUGGUAUGCAUGUUCCUUCCUUCCAAGUUGUCACAGCACAGCCCAGAACAACAAUGAUGGCAUGCAUGACAUGCUUUCAGCAAUGGUUCCAAUUAGCACUAAUUGAUCACCUCCAUCUUUCCAACAGGGGAUGAUUCAUCGAGACCUCAAGCCCGUCAACAUUUUCUUGGACUCUCAGGACCAUGUGAAAAUUGGAGAUUUUGGCCUGGCCACAGACCAUCCUGCUAAUGUGGUAUGCAUUAAUGUCCUCGGCUCCGCUGUCUCCUGGUGAUGGAGAUUAAUUAACUGAUACCUUGAAGUUCAUGUUGAGGUCUCUAAAGCCGUGUUCACAUUGGCAGUUUGAAGUGACUCAAAUCCUAUUUAUUUGCAUAUCCAAUUUGAAUCUUGUUCUUUUUCCUGCAGUCUGAACAGCCAAAAAGCACAUGGAAUCAGAUAUUUCAAGCCACAUUUCAAACCACCUUCGUAGGUGGUUUGAAGUCGGAUACAAAUCUGAUUCCUGGCCAUGCGACUUGUCUGAACGGUCAAAUCUGAUUUAAGUGGAUUUUAGACUAGGUUAUUUGGCAUAUUUUGUUGCUUGCUAGCUACUCUGUUGACAGUUUGACAAGAACAUGUGGUAGCUAACUAGCUUUUUAAUUGUUUACAAACAAAUUAGUGAAUGUGCUAUAAAGCUAAACAGCUACCUAGCUAGCUAGUUGACUUCUGUGGCUAUCCAAAAAGGACUCGUUUUGAAAGUUGGAUCAUCCUUUGAGGCUUUAAGUGUUCUUACACUAUGAUUUUGAACAUUCAAAGCAACUGGGAAAUGGCAGGCAUUGUCACCUUAGCUUGCUACAUUACUUCUGAGUGAUAUGAAGCACAAGCACCACCAUCAAUCAGCCUACACCACUGCACACACUCCCGUCAUUACUAUGACAACUAGCAUAGCCUUGUCAGCAAAUGACUGCUGUCUGAACACACACAUCCGAUUUGGUAACUUGUUGCUGUCAGUAGUCCAAAACAGAUUUGAAAAACAAAACUGAUUUGAGCAUUAAGGCCUGCAGUGUGAAAAAGCUUAAGGCUGCGUUUACAGGCAGACCAAUUCUGAUCAUUUCUUUCACUAAUUGGUCUUUUGACCAAUCAGAUCAGCUCGGAAAAAGAUCUGAUGUGAUUGGUUGAAAGACCAAUUAGUGCAACAAAAAAAAAUCAGAAUUGGGCUGCCUGUGUGAACGCAGCCUAAGUGGAAUGUAGUCAAAAUAUUCCGACCCUACCGUUUCGCUUGUUCAGAGGUGGGAACAAGUCACUAAUAUUUGUGUCAAAAGCAAGUCUCAAGACACAAGGGCAGAGUCUCAAGUCAAAUCCCAAGUAGAAAGGGUUGAGUCUCGAGUCCUGUCCAAGUCGUGCAUUCUAAGCGCAAGUCAAGUCGAGUAGAGCCACAAGUUCUUUCAAGUCAAGUCUUAAAUCAAGUAAAAAAAAUAAUCUGUACAUUCAACUACAAAUCUUUGUCUGUUUAUUGAGGAACCAGACAGCCCUUCUCAUUAUUUUGUCUAUAACACAUUUAGAUUAUGUAAUAAUGUUAAUAACAAAUUCCAAAUGCAAGAUUCAUAAGUACAUUAUUAAUUUCAAGCAAUUAUGACAUACCAAAAGACCAGUAGGCCUAUGCUAGUAAUUGUUGCUUGAUGCCCCACUGCUGGUGCGCUUGUAAAGUAUUCUUGAUCACCAAACAAUUUUUUGAGCUAUAUAUUUAUGGCAAUACUCUCUCUCUACAAUUUGAUGUUUGCGCUGCACCUGAUCCUAUAGCUGUACAGCAAAUUAGCAAUCUGUUUGCUAGCUCUGAAACUUGCUGAUUCUCAAACUUUUUAUUUUUUCUCGCAACACUCAAAAAGCAGUGCUUCAAAGCUCGCAACCAUGCGCGCAUAACAGCUGCGCAAAUGUAACCUCAUUAUAGCCAUAAACGGUUAUGCAUUUUCAAAAUGCAAGGUACAGAAAUAAACUGCGUUUUUUUUCACCUGCAUUUGUAGCUGAAAGUCAUUCAUGUUAGCAGUCAAUAUCAACUACGGAUAUCAUGUCACUUCUCUGGAGUCCAGAGCAAGCAGGAUCAUACGGCCUACCUGUAUGCAGUGGAGGUUGCAGGAUUGGCUGGAAAGCAUGAUCUGUCUACACCGCCCGCUAUCACUUUGGAGGGCGGCCUGCCCACAGAAUGCUCGUUGCCAACUGAACUGGGUAGACCUUUUCUUCCUCACAUAUACCGUAAUUAAUUUGCCAGAAUAUGUUAUCUUCAUCCCAUAAUAUUGAAGGCAGUGCGAUGUUACAACUAUCUUUAGACAUAUAGCCAGCCAGUAGCAGACCAAACUAGGCAUAUCUGAAAUAUGAAAAGGAUCAAUGAAAUCACCAGGUAACCGAUGUAUUGUUCUGGCAAAGGUGCCUCCAUAGUAGAUUUCUAAACUGUAUACAGUGCAUUCGGAAAGUAUUCAGACCCCUUGACCUUUUCCACAUUUUGUUAUGUUACAGCCUUAUUCUAAAAGGCAUUAAAUAAAUACCCCACAAUACCCCAUAAGGAUAAAGCGAAAACGGGUUAAGACAUUUUUGCAAAUGUAUUAAAAAUAAAAAACAGAUACCUUAUUUACAUAAGUAUUCAUACCCUUUGCUAUGAGACUCGAAAUUGAGCUCAGCUGCAUCCUGUUUCCAUUCAUCAUCCUUGAAAUGUUUCAACAACUUGAUUGGAGUCCACCUGUGGUAAAUUCAAUUGAUUUGACAUGUUUUGUAAAGGCACACAACUGUCUAUAUAAGGUCCCACAGUUGACAGUGCAUGUCAGAGCAAAAACCAAGCCAUGAGGUCGAAGGAAUUGUCCGUAGAGCUCCGAGACGACAGGAUUGUGUCGAGACAGAUCUGGGGAAGGGUACCAAGUGUGCAGCAUUGAAGGUCCCCAAGAACACAGUGGCCUCCAUCAUUCUUAAAUGGAAGAAGUUUGGAACCACCAAGACUCUUCCUAGAGCUGGCUGCCCGGACAAACUGAGCAAUCGGGGGAGAAGGGCCUUGGUCAGGGAGGUGAUCAAGAACCCGAUGGUCACCCUGACAGAGCUCCAGAGUUCCUCUGUGGAGAUGGGAGAACCUUCCAGAAGGACAACCAUCUCUGCAGCACUCCAACAAUCCCUCCUCAGUAAAAGGCACAUGACAGCACACUUGGAGUUUGUCAAAAGGCACCUAAAGGACUCUGACCAUGAGAAACAAGAUUCUCUGGUCUGAUGAAACCAAGAUUGUACUCUUUGGCCUGAAUGCCAAGCGUCACGUCUGGAGGAAACCUGGCACCAUCCCUAAGCUGAAGCAUCAUGUUGUGGGGAUAUUUUUCAAGUGGCAGGGACUGGGAGACUAGUCAGGAUCGAGGGGAAAGAUGAACGGUGCAAAGUACAGAGAGAUCCUUGAUGAAAACCUGCUCAGGACCUCAGACUGGGGCGAAGGUUCACCUUCCAACAGGACGACAACUCUAAGCACACAGCCAAGACAACGCAGGAGUGGCUUCGGGACAAGUCUCUGAAUGUCCUUGAGUGGCCCAGCCAGAGCCCAGACUUGAACCCAAUCGAACAUCUCUGGAGAGACCUGAAAAUAGCUGUGCAGCGACGCACCCAUCCAACCUGACAGAGCUUGAGAGGAUCUGCAAAGAAGAAUGGAAGAAACUCCCCAAAUACAGGUGUGCCAAGCUUGUAGCAUCAUACCCAAGAAAACUCUAGGCUGUAAUCGCUGCCAGAGAUGCUUCAAUAAAGUAAUGAGUAAGGGGUCUGAAUACUUAUCUACAUGUGAUAUUUUUUUAAAUAUCUAAAAACGUGUUUUUGCUUUGUCAUUCUGGGGUAUUGUGUGUAGAUUGAUGAGAGGAAAAAAAAAACAAUUUAAUCAAUUUUAGAUUAAGGCUGUAAUGGAACAGAAUGUGGAAAACGUCAAGGGGUCUGAAUACUUUCCGAAAUGCACUGUAUAUGUUUAUAUGGAUUAUAUAACAUAGGCCUACUCUGUUUUUGUCAAGCAAAACCUGAGAAAAUGAAGCAAGUGCUUUCUGGUCCAUAAUCUCUGGAUAUGCAAGCCUGCCUUUGCGUGCCAAUGCUGAUGACUGGUCAUUGUUCAACAAUCAAGACCAUUUCAAGUAAUUAGUCACAAGUCUUAAUUUAACCAUGAUGGUGUUCCAACCCCGGUGCAGGUCAGUGUAAACAAGCGUAACGGUAGGGUCGGAAUCUUCUGGCUAAAGUGGAAUGUUGAAGCUUUAAAAAAAAGUUUGUGUAUUCCUUGUGUUUUUAUUCUGUGUCCAAAUAACUCAAUAAUUAACAAAGAACUGGUUUUGACUGUAGAAAUCAUCUCCUCCCCUCAGGCCGCAGCAGGUAAACUGGAUAUUGAGGAGAGUGGAUCUGUUCUGAUUCUCAAACCGGACCCAACAGGUACUGAGAAGCAAAAUCCAUUCUUCUCUAACUGGCUUAUAACGUGUCUCAGGGUCUGUGACUAUAUAUUUGCAAAACUGAUUAUGUUUUAUUUCUGAACAGGGAAUAUGACUGGUAUGGUUGGUACUGCCCUAUAUGUCAGUCCAGAGGUGCAAGGAAAUACCAAAGCCACUUACAACCAGGCAAGAAAUAUGAAUGGAACACACACCAACGUCAAUUCAGAAGAAUAAAAUAAAGAGACACUGUCUCAGUACAGUCAUUCAUCCAAAAAAGUAAUCUCAAAGUAGUCUAGGAAUUAUAAUAACUUGUAAUGAUUUAAGGGCCUUGACUCCUUGGUGGAGCAUAUACUAGUGUCCUCCAUCUGUUUUGAGGUAGUUCAAGGUUUUCCAACAGUGUUACUGUAUCCUUAGUAGGAGAUAUAUAAUUCAGGAUUGAUUGUUUAAACCAGAUGUAAAGGGAAGAGGGUUCAUCCGUGAUCUGUGUUUCUCCUUAGAAAGUGGAUCUGUUUAGCUUGGGUAUCAUCCUGUUUGAGAUGUCCUACCGACCCAUGACCACUGGCUCUGAACGCAUUUCAGUCCUGAGCCAGCUGCGCACGGUGAGUCUGUCCAGCACAGGUGUGGGGUUGGGGGGGCAACGGGAAGGGUCUCACUCACUCAUCUCUCAUCACUGUCCCAUUACUCUUGUCAUUCCACUCUGCAGGAGGACAUCCACUUCCCUGAAGACUUCCCUGAGUGUAAGAGUGGAACGCAGGUGAGGAAGGACGUAUUCAAUUCAUGUUACACAAGUUAUACUCUCAGCUCUCUGAAUUUUUGUGAAACUAUGUAAAAAGUUGAAGUAGUAGGUCACUUUAAAGUCCCACAAUGGGAAGUUUGUAAUGAAACCAAACUGAGUGACAUUACACAGUAUAGGCAGUUUUACUUUGAUUGACUGAUCCUUAGCCCAGUGUCUAUCUCAGAGGAAGGUGAUUGGCUGGCUGCUGAACCAUGACCCGGCCCUGCGUCCCACGGCCCAGGAGCUCCUGAAGAGUGAUCUGCUGCCCCCGCCCCAGAUGGAGGAGUCGGAGCUCCACGAGGUCCUGCAGCACACCAUGGCUAACGUCAACGGCAAGGCCUACCGCACCAUGGUCAACAAGCUGUUCUCCCAGAACACCUCCCCCGUCAUGGACUACACCUACGAUGUUGACCUCCACAAGGUACCAGGCCUACUGCUCCGGCCAACACAGUGGAGCAGACCCUCAAACCUGUCCUAGCGGCCUACCAUACAAAGACAAACACAACCCAAAGCCAACCAGACAUUAAUACUUGGGCGUCACUAUCCUCUCUACCACAUCAUAGCAUCUCAAACUAUUGUUUAUGACAGACAAGUCUUGGAGAAACUGUUGAACUCCAAGAAUAGAAUGGUCCAGAGUAGGAAGAGCUACCCAUCUCCUCCUGUAGGUGUCACUGUAGACACAGUAAUGAUGCUGCUUCUGUGAUUAUGCAGUUCUCCUGUCAUCUGGUUCAUAUCUGGCGGGACUGUUUGAGCUUUAAUCGAUGCCUUUUGAUUCCUAACAGACUGUCUUUGUUUUGCUGCAGGGCAACUUUAAUUUAAACAGUGCCAAAUUGCAACAGUAUGUGUACGAAACAAUCACCAGGAUCUUCAAGAAACAUGGUGAGUCCAGAUUCAGAGUCUCAUUUUAAGAGCUGAAGUGAAGUUUACUCUCUUGUGCAAAUGACUUGACCCAUUCCACUUUAAAGUUGCUGUUAUGAAGACCUCACUGGGGCCUUGAUUUGAACAUCUGCUCGCAUACACUACCAGUCAAAAGUUUGGACACACCUACUCAUUCAAGGGUUUUUCAGUAUUUUUACUAUUUUUUACAUUGUAGAAUAAUAGUGAAGACAUAAACUAUGAAAUAACACAUAUGGAAUCAUGUAUUAACCAAAAAAGUGUUAAACAAAUCAAAACAUAUUUGAGAUUCUUCAAAUAGGUCGGGCACUGAUGUUGGGCGAUUAGGCCUGGCUCGCAGUCGGCGUUCCAAUUCAUCCCAAAGGUGUUCGAUGGGGUUGAGGUCAGGGCUCUGUGCAGGCCAGUCAAGUUCUUCCACACCGAUCUUGACAAACCGUUUCUGUAUGGACCACGCUUUAUGCAUGGGGGCAUUGUCAUGCUGAAACAGGAAAAGGCCUUCCCCAAACUGUUGCCACAAAGUUGGAUGCACAGAAUCGUCUAGAAUGUCAUUGUAUGCUGUAGCGUAAACAUUUCCCUUCACUGGAACAAAGGGGCCUAGCCCGAACCAUGAAAAACAGCCCCAGACCAUUAUUCCUCAUCCACCAAACUUUACAGUUGGCACUAUGCAUUCGGGCAGGUAGUGUUCUCCUGGCAAUGUUUGUCUAUGGAUAUUGCAUGGCUGUGUGCUCGAUUGUAUACACCUGUCAGCAACGGGUGUGGCUGAAAUAGCCAAAUCCACUAAUUUGAAGGUGUGUCCACAUACUUUUGUGUAUAUUGAUACAUGUUGUAGACAUUUUAACUCGCUGCGGUUCUUUAUUGGAGUUGUUUAUUCAGUUUCUGGUCUGUCCAGGUUUAGAUUACUUUUUUAAAAUUAUGCAAUAUGCAAAGUAGAUGCUGUAUUUGGCUGGCAGGCACACUGGUUGAAGUUGAACUUCCAGAUUGUGUCUUUUAAUGUUUAUAUUUGUAUGUAUACUGAACAAAAAUAUUAACGCAACAUGUAAAGUGUUGGUGCCAUGUUUCAUGAGCUGAAAUAAAAGAUCCCAGAAAUGUUCCUGUAUGCACAAAACGCGUAUUUCUCUAAAAUGUUGUGUACAACCCUGUUAGUGAGCAUUUCUCCUUUGCCAAGAUAAUCCAUCCACCUGACAGGUGUGGCAUAUCAAGAUGCUGAUUAAACAGCAUGAUCAUUACACAGGUGCACCUUAUGCUGGGGAUAAUAAAAGGCCACUCUAAAAUGUGCAGUUUUGUCACACAACACAAUGCCACAGAUGUCUCACGUUUUGAGGGAGCAUGCAAUUGGUAUGCUGACUGCAGGAAUGUCCACCAGAGCUGUUGUCAGUGAAUUGAAUGUUCAUUUCUCUACCAUAAGCCACCUCCAACGUCGUUUUAGAGAAUUUGGCAGUACUUCCAACCGGCCUCAUAACCGCAGACUACUUGUAACCACGCCAGCCCAGGACCUCCACAUCUAGCUUCAUCACCUGCGGGAUCAUCUGAGACCAGCCACCCAGACAGCUGAUGAAACUGUGGCUUUGCUCAACUAAAGAAUUUCUGCACAAACUGUCAGAAACCGUCUCAGGGAAGCUCAUCUGCGUGCUCGUCGUCCUCAGCAGGAUCUUGACCUGACUGCAGUUCGGCAUCGUGACCGACUUCAGUGGGCAAAUGCUCACCUUCGAUGGCCACUGGCACGCUGGAGAAGUGUGCUCUUCACGGAUGAAACCCAGUUUCAACUGUACCGGGCAGAUGUCAGACAGCAUGUAUAGCGUCGUGUGGGCGAGCGGUUUGCUGAUGCCAGUGUUGUGAACAGAGUGCCCCAUGGUGGGGUGAUGGUAUGGGAAGGCAUAAGCUACAGACAACGAACACAAUUGCAUUUUAUCGAUGGCAAUUUACAUUGACAUUUUAGUCAUUUAGCAGACGCUCUUAUCCAGAGCGACUUACAGUUAGUGCAUACAUUAUUUUUUUCAUACCCCCCCGUGGGAAUCGAACCCACAACCUAUCGAACCCAAUUUGAAUGCACAGAGAUACCGUGAUGAGAUCCUGAGGCCCAUUGUCAUUUUUUUAUUUUUUUUUGUCAUUUAGCAGACGUUCUUAUCCAGAGCGACUUACAGUUAGUGAGUGCAUACAUUUUCAUACUGGCCCCCCGUGGGAAACGAACCCACAACCCUGGCGUUGCAAGCGCCAUGCUCUACCAACUGAGCUACAGGGGACUACAUCCGCCGCCAUCACCUCAUGUUUCAGCAUGAUAAUGCACAGCCCCAUGUCGCAAGGAUCUGUACACAAUUCCUGGAAGCUGAAAAUGUCCUAGUUCUUCCAUGGCCUGCAUACUCACCUGGCAUGUUUGGAAUGCUCUGGAUUGACAGCGUGUUCCAGUUCCCGCCAAUAUCCAGAAACUUCGCACAGCCAUUGAAGAGGAGUGGGACAACAUUCCACAGGCAACAAUCAACAGCCUGAUCAACUAUGCGAAGGAGAUGUGUCGCGCUGCAUGAGGCAAAUGGUAGUCACACCAGAUACUGACUGGUCUCCUGAUCCACGCCCCUACCUUAAAAAUAAAUAAAAAAAUAGGUAUCUGUGACCAACAGAUGCAUAUCUGUAUUCCCAGUCAUGUGAAAUCCAUAGAUUAGGGCCUAAUUAAUUUAUUUCAAUUGACUGAUUUCCUUAUGAACUGUAACUCAGUAAAAUCUUUGAAAUUGUUGUAUGUUGCGUUUAUAAUUUGUUUAGUGUACAUUAAACUUAUUAUCAUACAUUUACAUUAGUGUCUCUGUGGCUGUCUUUCCAGGGGCUGUGCGUCUCCAGACCCCCCUGCUCCUCCCCAGGAACAGGAAGCUGUAUGAGGGCAGUGAGCCGGCCUGCUUCAUGGACCACAGUGGCAUGCUGGUCACCCUGCCCUAUGACCUCCGGGUGAGCAUCAGGAAGCAGGAAGUACUACACGCUCCGUUAACUAGCCCUCAAUGAUCCCAGCACUCAGUGGACUAGGGCCAGGAUAACUCCGGGACAACCCUGGGACAACCUCGGGACUAACUGUGUGUUUCCAUAGUGAUGUAUUGUAGUCCUGCAUGCACUGUUUUACUUAUUCUCUCUCUUGUCUCCAUUCCAGAUGGCAUUCGCAAGAUUUGUGGCCAGAAAUAAUAUUACCCAUUUCAAGAGGUAAAUCUCAUAGUCAGGAGUCAAUCACUGAGUACUUGAAUCUAACCAUUUCAUAUGCAUGUUCAGUCUUUGAUAAACCUGUGGAUGUCAUCCUGUGUGUGCGCGUGUGUACGUGCGUGUGUGUGUGUGUGUACGUAUGUGUGUGUGUGUGUGUACAGCAUCGAGCAUGUGUUUAUGCCCAGUGUAAUGUAAUGAAACCAGCUUAAUUUAAUGGUGUGUGUGUGUAGGUGGAGCAUUGAGCGUGUGUUCCGGCCCAGAAAGCUGGACAGGGCCCACCCCAGGGAGCUGCUGGAGUGUGCCUUUGACAUCAUUGUCCCUGUCACUAACAGCCUGCUGCCUGACGCUGAGACCAUCUUCACCAUCUCAGAGAUUAUCGAGGAGUUCAGUGUCCUGCAGGUACCACACUGUUACCACUCCGUCUAGUAAUUCCUCUUACCAUGUUACUUCCCCUGUCAGUCUAGCUAAGGUCACAGACCAUACUGUCCUUUACAGUAUACUCCCUGUCUCAACUUGGCCCCAGACACUACUGUCCACUCUCUGUCUAGCUCUGGUCACAGACCUGUUCACUCCCUGGGUUCUAGACAGUGCAGGAGGCACAGUUCACCCAGCACGAACCCAUUCCAACCCAGGCCUGCUCUACUACAGCUAGAAGACCAGCAUGCCGCCAGGCCACCUCUAAAAGGCCCUCCCUCUCCCUGAUUGCACCACUUACUGUAUAACCCCCCCCCCCCCCCCCUUCUCUGUGUGUGAAAGCUUUUAAGAAUGUAUGUCACUCUGAAUGAGAGGGCAGCAUCCAGCCUGUGGCCAUUAUUCACUGAGCAGUCCUACAGUAGUGCUUUAGGGAUGAGGCUGGACUGUAAUUGUGCUCAGGUGUUAUUGUGUUUGUGUUUGAUGAUGCUGUUAGGAUAGGAACUACCACUCUCUACCAGGAGAGACACUGUUGGGUGGUGUAAUGGUGUGUUGUUGGAUGGUGUGUUAGGAGAGGAACUACCACAUCUACCUGAACCACACCAGCCUGCUGAAGGCCAUUCUGCUACACAGCGGCGUCCCCGAGGACAAACUGAGCCAUGCCUCCAGCAUCCUCUGUGACGCCAUGGUUAGUACUCUACACACGGCGCUCAUGUGCAAGUUAAACACACUAUGCAUGUGUACAUUGUGUGAAAUAAGUUUUGUCCAUUUACAUUUUUGUUCUACAACUGGAACUAUAAAAUUGUAUAAUGGUAUCCUGUCUCUGUUCAUAGAGUGAAAAGCUGACCAGAAGAGAGGUGGAGGCCAAGUUCUGUAACCUGUCCCUGUCAAACAACAGUGUAAGUACCUCCUGUUGUCUCUGGCAUCUGGUGCUUAUGACUGGUCUGGUGAAUUCAUCAGUGUCUCCACUUUUCUCUGCUCAAGGUCAGCCUUUUUUGAACCGAUACUGUAUUUUCUCUGUCCAUGUCCGAUGUUGUCUGUGUCUCCCUGUCAGUUACAGACUCUGUAUAAGUACAUAGAGCAGAAAGGAGACCUGCAGGACCUGGUCCCCCUCAUCACCUCUUUGACCAAACAGAAGACUGCCGUCACCCAGCUGGCCAAGCAGGGCCUCAAAGACCUGGAGGAACUCACUGGCCUGCUCAGGAGGCUGGGAGUCAAGCUACAGGUACCACUACUACUAGAUCUCCCACUUCCUAACUCUUACUCCGAGUCUGGUGUAUGAAGAGAAUGGCAUUUUGUGUGUGUUUCCUGCGGAUUUAUUGAUUCUCUCUCGUUUUUGUGUGUCUUGUAGGUGGUUGUAAAUCUGGGUCUGGUUUAUAAGGUGCAACACCAUUGUGGGGUCAUCUUCCAGUUUGUGGCCUUCAUCAAGAAACGCAGACGCACAGUGCCAGACAUCAUGGCUGCAGGAGGAAGAUACGACCACCUGGUAAUGUCCCCAUCCUACCACCCUCCUGCUCAGGUCCUUGGAAGUGUUGAACUAUCAGGAUUUAGUCCUUAUCAGGGUUCUCUUCCUGUAGAUCCUUGAGUUCCGUGGCCCAGCGUCCUCUGCUCCUGUCCCUUCGGCAGUAGGGGCCAGUGUGGCUCUGGACAAGAUCUGUGCUGCCCUGGCCAGCAUGGAGGAGCCGGUGAGUACUAUUAACAAUUCAUCAGUGUUAAUGACCCACAGACACAGAAGGUCAUAUUUGUUAAUGGCUUAUUACUUUGAGCCUCCAUGAAAGUUAAUGUCUGUUAUUAUACAGCCUCUAAAAUUUAGCUGUUUUGGAAAGGCUCCCAUUUGUAUAUACUGUACAAUGACAGUUGAUGGGUCUACCCCCUCUGUAGUUAACUGAGAAUUUGUGUGGAACUCUUUGUGUGAGCAUGUUUUAACCUAACUCUGUGUCUGCUAGCCCUCUAUCAGUUUGUGUGAUGUGCUGGUGGUGCCAGUAGGUCACACCUCCAUGGGCCGAGCCAUCAACGUGGUCCAGAAGCUGUGGACAGCCGGUGUUUCUGCUGACAUUGUCUAUGACGUGUCACAGGUCAGUGAUGAGCAGCCCGUAGUGCCGUCUGCUGUGAAAAUACCAAACCAACAGGUGGCAACACCUCCAUUCUAUUCUACCCCACAUGGAUAGGCAGACCAAACUGCAUGUACAGUGCCUUGCAAAAGUAUUCAUCCCCCCUUGGCGUUUUUCCUAUUUUGUUGCAUUACAACCUGUAAUUUAAAUUGAUUUUUAUUUGGAUUUCAUGUAAUGGACAUGCACAAAAUAGUCCAAAUUGGUGAAGUGAAAUGACAAAAAAUAACUUGUUUAAAAUAAUUCUAAAAAAUAAAUAACGGAAAAGUGGUGUGUGCAUAUGUAUUCACCCCCUUUGCUAUGAAGCCCCUAAAUAAGAUCUGGUGCAAACAGUUACCUUCAGAAGUCACAUAAUUAGUUAAAUAAAGUCUGCCACACCACUAAGCAAGGGGCACCACCAAGCAAGCGGCACCAUGAAGACCAAGGAGCUCUCCAAACAGGUCAGGGACAAAGUUGUGGAGAAGUACAGAUCAGGGUUGGGUUAUAAAAAAAUAUCAGAAACUUUGAACAUCCCACGGAGCAGCAUUAAAUAUAUUAUUAACAAAUUGAACGAAUAUGGCACCACAACAAACCUGCCAAGAGAGGGCCGCCCACCAAAACUCACGGACCAGGCAAAGAGGGCAUUAAUCAGAGAGGCAACAAAGAGACCAAAGAUAACCCUGAAGGAGCUGGGCUUUACGGAAGAGUGGCCAGAAAAAAUCCAUUGCUUAGAGAAAAAAAUAAGCAAACAUGUUUGGUGUUCGCCAAAAGGCAUGUGGGAGACUCCCCAAACAUAUGGAAUAAGGUACUCUGGUCAGAUGAGACUAAAAUUGAGCUUUUUGGCCAUCAAGGAAAACGCUAUGUCUGGCGCAAACCCAACACCUCUCAUCACCCCGAGAACACCAUCACCCCGAUGUUUUUUCAUUGGCAGGGAUUGGGAAACUGGUCGGAAUUGAGGGAAACCUGUUUCAUUCUUCCAGAGAUUUGAGACUGGGACGGAGGUUCACCUUCCAGCAGGACAAUGACCCUAAGCAUACUGCUAAAGCAACACUUGAGUGGUUUAAGGGGAAACAUUUAAAUGUCUUCGAAUGGCCUAGUCAAAGCCCAGACCUCAAUCCAAUUGAGAAUCUGUGGUAUGAUUUAAAGAUUGCUGUACACCAGCGGAACCUAUCCAACUUGAUGUAGCUGGAGCAGAUUUGCCUUGAAGAAUAGGCAAAAAUCCCAGUGGCUAGAUGUGCCAAGCUUAUAGAGAUGUACCCCAAGAGACUUGCAGCUGUAAUUGCUGCAAAAGGUGGCUCUACAAAGUAUUGACUUUGGGGGGGUGAUUAGUUAUGCACGCUCAAGUUUUCAGUUUUUUUGUCUUUUUGUUUCACCCCAAAAAUGUUUUUGCAUCUUCAAAGUGGUAGGCAUGUUGUGUAAAUCAAAUGAUACAACCCCCCCAAAUCAAUUUUAAUUCCAGGUUAUAAGGCAACAAAAUAGGAAAAAUUCCAAGGGGGGUGAAUACUUUCGCAAGCUACUGUAAAGUUAUUUACCUUUACCGUAUAUGGAACUGUAAACACUCAGGGGAAUGGGAUCCAUUUUGAGGUUCCUUUUAUAAGUCUGUUAGUGUAGCUCGUUUAAGAAACACGAUGCCCAGUUGUUUCUUUGAUCGACUUUCCUCAUCUCUGUUACUGUAAAGAGUUAUAUUAGCAGUUUUUACUUUCAGUUUGUAGGUGAAGUCUGUUGACCAAUUCUCACCUGAGAUGUGUAGUUAUCUCCCUGGUGAAUGUGAAUGGUGUAGUGUCACUGUGCUGGGCCAUGCCUCUCACAUUCUUCAUGUUUAUGUGAUGGCCUGAUUCAGACUGCCUCUGUAGUGAGCGAGACAACAUCCAGUGGUCAGGUGGCCGUGUUCAGUUUAUUUUUAAAGUGUCAAGCUGCUCCCCUCCUGGUCUAUUGUUAACACCUUUCACAUGCACUGCUUUUACUGGCCAAAUCUCCAGUAAGUGCUAAUUUAUAGUCUGGAGAUGGUAAAGUUUAAAGUUUUGUCACGUGCACAAGUACAGUGAAAUAAAAGCCCCUCUAGCUUUUACUAGACAAAUAUGGUGAACCCUUUCCACAUGCGGUCAGCUGGGAGGCAUAUGGCAGAAAGCUGGUCGGCCCUCAGUCAUCCACAGUGGUGGACCUGUAGCCUUAGCUCGCUCGCUCUGUCUGUCAGUGAGAGAGCUGCUGUGAGGAAGCUGGUGGGGAGCGAGACUCCUGGAGAGCAGAGCAGAGGUCAUAAACAGUAAAGAGAUUGUUCCUCAGCAGUCUACUGUUCUGGUCUGACCCAGCUCUGCCUGCCAGAGGAAACCUGUCUGGCAGUAUUUGAUUAGGAUAAAUCAGCUCUGCUGCUCACACACAGCCACAGGUGAGUACACUACCUGGACAGGCCCCGGUUUGGGCACUGGGGAGAGCAGCUCUCCGUUCCAAGCAAAACUUGGUUCUCCGCCGCGCCUGAGGAAUUUGAGGCACAAGUGAAGCAUUCCACCAGCACACAUUUGAAUUAUCCAGACCUUUCGCUGCCAUGGCCCAGUGGUAUCUCAACCUUCCCUGGUCUCUCUCUCCUAUCCCCACCACAGCACCCACUCUGAUCUCAGUGUGAAAUGGGGGAGUUUUCUGCUUUUAUUAUGACAUUCCACUCGUGUUGUCCAACACGUACGGCACACGCUCUCUGUUUGCACAGGAACUGAUGAGAUGUAGGAAAGCCACUGAAACCUGCCAGAACCCAGCUUUCAGGACACCCCUAAACCACCAGGACUGCUUCCAACUCGUACUCUUAGACAGACAGCCCACCUUUACUAAACACAUUUUACAUUUUAGUAAUUUAGCAGACGCUCUUAUCCAGAGCGACUUACAGUUAGUGAGUGCAUACAUUUUUCAUACUGGCCCACCGUGGGAAUCGAACCCACAACCCUGGCGUUGCAAGCGCCAUGCUCUACCAACUGAGCUACAGGAGGCCACAUCACAUCAAACUAUCUUUCCCAUAAUCCCACUGUCAUCGUACAUAAGAAACAUGGGGCUGAGGGAGAGUUUAUCCUCAAGCUAAUACACUGUAAAGUGUUGAAGGGGGUCCACUUGCUCACUGUAACCACUUAACUCUGUAGCCCACUGUAACCACAACCCCUAUAGCAAGCACAUGUUGUGCAAUAACAUGCAAGGCAGGUUCUAGUUCACCAAAACCACACAGUUGGUUAAUCCACAUAGUAGCAGUUGCUGUAAAUGUUAGUCUGGGUCUAGAAAUGGGUUGCAGGAUCUGGAGCCCAUUGUGAUGUUGGGAGCAGGAUAUACUGUUUUUACACUUGGCUAUUACAAAGUAGUGUUUUCUUUCUACAGUCAAUCAGAGCCAUCUAGAGUAGGGCCAGUGCGAUUCUGCAUUAUGAUGCAUUUACAUGACACUUUUACGUUCUAUGCCAGCCAUGUUAGCUCCCAAUUAACAUUUACAUGGGGAAUAUUUAAAAAAUACUAUAAAAAUGAAUGUCUGGAAUGAGCAUUAUGAUGCAUUUACAUUUGACAUUUUAGCAGACGCUCUUAUCCAGAGUGACUUACAGUAGUGAGUGCAUACAUUUGUGUAUUUUCUCGUAUUAGUCCCUCGUGGGAAUCGAACGCACAACCCUGGCGUUGCAAGCGCCUUCUCUACCAACUGAGCGACACGUUCUAUGACAGCCGUGUACGCUCCCCAUUUUAACAUUACAUGGGGAAUAUUUAAACAAUGCUAUGUAGCUGUAAUUCUAGAAUUAGAACAAUAUUCUAAAAGUUGGCGUAACUCUCUAAAUAUGGCUCUGGUGUCACUGUUUCUUGUUCCCCUCUGUGUCUGACUGUGUCGUUGUGUCCAGUCCCAGGAGACUUUGCUGGAGCACUGUAGACAGGCUGGCAUCACCUGCAUGGCCCUGGUCUCAGACAAGGAGGGGAACUACAUCAAGGUAAUUAUAAUGAUAAUUGAUUUUUAUAUAGAGCUUUUCCAGAUGCUCAAAGCUCUUUACAUAGUAACUGUGCUUUACUGCAACUGUAUGUGAUUGUAAGUCCUGGGUGGAAUGCAGCACUUUGAUACAUUCACUUGGCCAGCAUCUGACUAUGUAGUGUGAAAUGGAAUAUGGCUUAGUUGGCUGUUUCUCCUACUUGUACUAUGAAUGGACUGCACCUGUGCUGUAAGCUUGGUGCAUAUAAAUGGUAUUGAUAUGAAUUCCAAAUGGUUUGAUGUAUACAUUAGUUUGAUAUGAAAAAUAUGAGAAUGUAGAAUGAAAGUUUGUGUUGGAAGCAGGUCUGAUUCCCCUCCCUAUCCCCCGUGUGUCCCCAGGUCAAGUCCUUUGAGAAGGAAAGGCAGUCAGAGAAGAGGAUUCCAGAGUCUGACCUUGUGGAUCACAUUGUUCAGAAAUGUCGGACCAAAUUCUUUGAGGAGAGAAAUAUUCGGUGACAACACGGUUUACUAACCCACACACUAACUCUGUAAUAGACUUCUAGUGUUGUUGGGGAAAGAGACUAAUACAGCUGUGUUUGUCUCUCCUCCAACAGGGAAAUCUCUGAGACUGUCUCUCUUCAGAACCCCAAGGGGUCACUCGUCAAUACCUCUGGUACAGUUGAACAGCCUCUUCUCGACCCUGUAUCCAGGGAUGACCCUCAGUACCAUUGACUUGGUUCUGGGUUUGAUUUCAUACGAGCUCCUACAUGGUGGUAGAGCUGUGUUGAAUGGAUAAUUUAAAGGGUGAUGGUGAAUUAUGUGAGCUGCAAAGUCAUUAAUGCUAGUGUUACAUUUCACACCACUUCUGGCUCACACGCACAGUAUAUGUAAACCUUAAUGCAACACACUGGCCGUAUUAGGCUGGGUAACAAUGAUGGCUUCUCAGUGUACUGGUGUCUGUCGGUGAUGGUGUGAGAAGGCUGUAGAGGAACUCAGCUCAGCCAUAUUCCCAUGGUCUCAUUAGGGGUGUGUGUGUGUGUGUGUGCGUGCGUGCGCGCGCUGUGGCUUGACAGGAUCAUCAGAGCAGCACGGGAGCAGCGCCUCCAGUAACAUGAACGUGUUACUUAUCUCUCCAGAGAAGGUGUCCUCCAGUGCUAAACGGCGCUACGAGACACAGGUUUGUCAAUCACACCGGUCACUCAAACCUGUCCUGAAGUAGACUUUAACAGACAGACUGAGCUAAGCCCAGUCACGCAGCCGACCACGAGACAACUCUCUCUGGCUGUGGUUCCCAGCUCUGUCUCACUUAAGCAAUGUAGCAUCCAUCAAGGUCAGACAACACGACGCCUUUUACGCACGGCCAGCCCAGUUUUAAACCCCAUUGGCUCGCAUGGAGACCAAUUGCAUGUGAAGAUGAAGUGGCUUUUGUUUCCCAGUUUCAUUGGAUUCAUCGGAGCAAUUACUAUUUUUUUCCCCCACUCUCUCUUUUUCAGAUACAAACCAGAUUGCAUUAUCUUGCUAGCAAUUUACAGAACAAGAGCAAUGACAUCGAAGUUCUGGCUGUAAGUAAUUUGCUGUUUUCCCCGCUUUACACCUUAUCUGUUGAAUCCAUGUGUGAAAUAGUGAAAUGAGGACAGAAGUUAGCUGAUAGCUAUAAUAGCAAACAUCAGCGUGCAGUGGGAUUUAGAGAGCUCCCCUGGAGGUAGAUAGCUACAAAGUGAUUCCAGUUGCUCCAGAACAAUAAACAAAAAACAAAAGGAGAGGGCAUGUCAUUUGGAGCUAAAUUGCUACCAUAUUUAGUUUAUUUGUGGUUUUGGAGUAAAUUUGAAAGGAGGUAUUCACAGAGUAAAUUGUACAGUGUAGUAUUUACUGAUACGACAUACUCCAAAUACAUUUGUCAUUCCAUAUGUUUGUGUCUGGUUCACAUCAGAGAGUUAGAGGCUAGAUGCUGGAGUGUAAGUUAUUGAAACAUUACAGACAUAAUCGCCUAGAUGCCGGUAUGUAUUUACUCAGAGCUGUAAGUUUGGUUCCAGGUUACAUCAUCAGUAAUCCUACCUGUCUGUCAUAGGUAAUACCCCUAACUAAAGAGAAAUCCAAUUUUCCCAAAAUAUAAAGGCAUAUGAUGGUCCUAUGAUUUCCUGCGAAGGACCUUUACAGUAGUGCAGUCAGUGGUGGUGAGAGCACCAUGAAUGAAGAAUAAUUAGGUAAUGUUCUGCUCACAGAGUACAUUGAUACAGCACAGUGUGCAAAUGACCUUAAGCUGAGGGAACUGAACCUUCUGUUUUGUGUUGCCAAUGUGCAAUGUGUCUUGAUAUUUAUAGUUUAUAUUUGGAUACUGUGGCUGAGGUCACAUUUACUUCCUUAGAAAACAGACAGCAUGCUAUGUACGGUAUGGUCUGGGAGUACAUGGUGAAAUAACAUCCAUUGUCUUUGUGGAGUCUAACGCACCUCCCUCUGUUGUUUUUUGUCCCAGGUGGACCUGCCGAAGGAAACCCUCAUCAACUUCCUAUCAUUGGAGGUCUGUACCCAGCUCUGCUUAUCAUUAACUCUGUCUGCACAGUCAAUAAAGGACAUCUUGGCAGGAUGGAGGAGGGUAUGGAGGGAGUCCUGUCUGGGGAGCUGGGGGAACACCUUCACUCUCCUCCUCCAGCAGUCCUGCCAGGACCCUUUAGGUCACCUGCCCUGAGUCCCCCUCCCACAAACACCACAGACUUACCAGCUGGGACAAGGUGUGAACACUCACAUUCCAAACUCCUGAUCGCAGGGCCUGCCAAACGAAGCCGGAACCCCUGGUUUUCAUCAACAACAAAAAAUGAGAACGUCAAUUAUAUGGUGUUAAGAAACAUAGGAAAGAUAAAAAAUGCUCUGAACACAAGCAGGGUUGCAUAACUAAGCAGACGCUCGCGCCAAAUGAAUGGCGGUCCUAUACAGUUCCCCUCUCACAUCACACAUGUGGCUUUGUGAGUGAGUGUCAGAGAAAACACUUUCACUGUAUAAAACAAAUUACAAUGCCCAGACUCACAGGAAACCAUGCAUCACACGGACUAAUUACCCCACAGAGCAGUGAGGGACUGGGACUCUUAACUCUCCCAGCCGCCUCUCUCACUGGGCAGCUUUACUGCACCGCCAGCCGCGACAGGCAAAAAUAUACAUUGUGGAAAAUCCACAACCUGCAGAUCUCUUUUAUAUUUCCCACCAUUAACUGCAGAUGGUGGAGUGAAUGUUUACACAGUCUCCGACACGGUAACUACAACUACAUAAACAGCCCUGUUUGUUUGAUCGCAGCAGCUAUGUUGAAUGUCUGAUUGCUGGUUUCUCGCUCUCUCUUUCUGCCACUUGUCUCUCCAGUUUGAUGGAGAUGAGCAGUUCAACAUCAGCGUUAAACAUCUGCUGUCACGUCUCCCCAAGCAGCGCUACCUCAAGUCCAUCUGUGAGGAGAUCCACCACUUCAAAAUCCUAAAAAGGUGCGUAGUUGUAGCUGUGUACUGGGCAUUAUUUUUUUCUUUUUUUUAUUCAGGGUCUGGGUGUUCCAGGGCAGGCAAACCCAGCCCAGCCAGAGUGUGAGAGCAGGGCAGUAGACCCUAUCGCCUCGCCCCUGUGUGCUCCCGGGGUCUGACUCAGGCCUUAACUCGCCUUUUUAUUAAAAAUCAUGAAACCUGAGGAAAACGGUCGAGAGCAUUAAAGGUCCUUUAAAAACCAGACUUCCUUUUAUGACCAGCAAACACCAGAAAAGCCCAGCCCAUACCCCAGGUGUGUGGAUGUCAGUCAACUCUUCAAACAGAGCAGGUCAAAGAUAACUACAGUCUGUAAAACACCAACUCCUCAGAUGAUCAGAUUUCCAUUUGGGGUAAGGAUUUGUCCUGUCUCUGUCUGACUUCUGUCUGAGUUUCUUCACUGUGAGUGACACCCAGAGCCCUGGGCCAUAGACCAGGUCACAGGCAGGGUUAAAGCCCCACUGCAGGCCUUCUGUACAGGGGACUGGGCUAAUAUCAGCCUCACUGCCUAUAGCCCUGCUCAAAGACUGCCUAGUUUUAUUUGGAUGCUCAGAACAAGGAGCCUAUGUAGGAUUUGAUGGAUUCUCUCUCAUGAAUGGGUAUAACAUAGAAGAAAGCAAGAGCCCAUUUCUCUGGCUCUAACAGGGCUCUUCGUAGACCAUCCAGAGCAGUUGGUUUUAAUUUAAUGUGUGUGUCAUUCACUGAUGAGGGAAAAGUGUUUACUGAUAAAUUACCAUCAUUUGCUAACAAUGGAGAUAUUCACAGUGGAUUUUAUGUGCAUGUUUGUUUGUUUUCGCUUGAACUAGGUCACAGAGAGGGCCAGAUACAGUGCCUUCAGAAAGUAUUCACACCCCUUGACCUUUUCCACAUUUUGUUGUGGUACAGCCUGAAUUUAAAAUGGAUUACAUUUUAUUUUAUUUUAGUCCCUGGCCUACACACAAUGCCCCAUAAUGUCAAAGUGGAAUUAGGUUUUUAAUAAAACAUGAAAAGCUGAAAUGUAUUGAGUCAAUAAGUAUUCAGCCCCUUUGUUAUGGCAAGCCUAAAUAAGUUCAGGAGUAAAAAUGUGCUUAAACAAGUCACAUAAUAAGUUGCAUGGACUCACUCUGUGUGCAAUAAUAGUGUUUAACAUGAUUUUUGAGUGACCACCUCAUCUCUGUACCCCACACAUACAAUUAUCUGUAAGGUCCCUCAGUGGAGCAGUGAAUUUCAAACGGCGAUUCAACCAUGAAGACCAUGGAGGUUUUCACAAAGAAGGGCACCUAUUGGUAGAUGGGUAAAAAUAAAAAAGCAUACAUUGAAUAUCCCUUUGAGCAUGGUGAAGUUAUUAAUUACACUUUGGAUGGCGUCUCAAUCGACCCAUUCACUACAAAGAUACAGGCAUCCUUAAUUUUACAUUUUAGUCAUUUAGCAGAUGCUCUUAUCCAGAGCGACUUACAGUAGUGAGUACAUACAUUUUCAUUCGUUCUGGUCCCCCGUGAGACUCGAACCCACAACCCUGGCAUUGCAAAUGCCAUGCUCUACCAACUAAGCCACACGGGACCUUCCUAACUUAGUUGCCAGAGAGGAAGGAAACCGCUUAGGGAUUUCACCAUGAGGCCAAUGGUGACUUUAAAACAGAGUUACAGAGUUUGUCUGUUAUAGGAGAAAACUGAGGAUGGAUCAACAACAUUUUACUCCACAAUACUAACCUAAUUGACAGAGUGAAAAGAAGGAAGCCUGUACAGAAUACAAAUAUUCCAAAACAUGCAUCCUGUUUGCAACAAGGCACUAAAGUAAAACUGCUAAAAAUGUGGCAAAGCAAUUAACUGUUUGUCCUGAAUACAAAGUGUUAUGUUUGGUGCAAAUCCAAUACACACAUUACUGAGUACCACUCUCCAUAUCUUCAAGCAUAGUGGUGGCUGCAUCAUGUUAUGGGUAUAUUUGUAAUCAUUAAGGACUGGCCAGUUUUUCAGGAUAAAAAAAGAAACGGAAUGGAGCUAAGCACAGACACAAUCAUAGAGGAAAACCUGGUUUAUUCUGCUUUCCACCAGACACUGGGAGAUGAAUUCACCUUUCAGCAGGACAAUAACCUAAAACAUAAGGACAAAUCUACACUGGAGUUGCUUACCAAGAAGACAGUGAAUGUUCAUGAGUGGCAGAGUUACAGUUUUGACUUAAAUCUACUUGGAAAUCUAUGGCAAGACCUGAAAAUGGUUGUAUAUCAAUGAUCAUCAAACAAUUUGACAGAGCUUAAUACAUUUUGAAAGAAUAAUGUGCAAAUGUUGCACAAUCCAGGUGUGGAAAGCUCUUAGAGACUUACCCAGAAAGACUUACAGCUGUAAUCACUGCCAAAGGUGAUUCUACAAAGUAUUCACUCGGGUGUUUGCAAAAAUGUCUAAAAACAUGUUUUCACUUUGUCAUUGUGGGGUAUUGUGUGUAGAUGGGUGAGGAAAAAAAAUAUAUUUAAUCAAUUUUGAAUUCAGGCUGUAACUCAAUGUGGAAUAAGUCAAGGGGUAUGAAUACUUUCUGAAGGCAUGGUAAGUGGGCCAAAGGCCACAGUAGUAAACAGUCGCCUGGCUGCACUGUGCCUAUAAACUACUCUGCCCAUAUGGCUCCACAGUCAUUGAGCUGCAGCUACAGCCGCUCUUUCAUUUACUUCAAAACAGACUCGUAACUUGAUGCCCGCCAGAUCAUCUGAAAUACCCUGUGAAAGAAUGAAAAGAAAGGGCAAUAAUGAUGGUGACAAUGAAUAAGAAUAGUCCAAUUAGGCUGUUUUUCCACAAAGAACCGGCCAGUUAAAACAUACUAAACCGACUUUACCUGGUGUGGUAGGCUUACACAAGAAAGCAGUUAUAGGUUAUUGUCUGUCAUUGAUGUCCGUAGUAAUUGUUAUGCAUUCCCUUUACACAUAGAAACAUACACCGAAUGUACAAAACAUUAAGAACACCUUCCUAAUAUUGAGUUGCCCUCAGAACAGCAUCAAUUCGUCGGGGCAUGGACUCUACACAGUGUCAAAAGCGUUCCACAGGGAUGCUGGCCCAUGUUAAAUCCAAUUCUUCCCACAGUUGUCAAGUUGGCUGGAUGUCCUUUGGGUGGUUGACCAUUCUUGAAACUGUUGAAUGUGAAAAACCCAGCAGCGUUGCAGUUCUUGACACAAACCGGUGCACCUGGCACCUACUACCCUACCCCGUUCAAAGGCACUUAAAUCUUUUGUCUUGCUCAUUCACCCUCUGAAUGGUACACAUACACAAUCCAUGUCUCAAUUGUCUCGGCUUCAAAAUCCUUCUUUAACCUGUCUCCUCCCCUUCAUCUACACUGAUCGAAGUGGAUUUAACAAGUGACAUCAAUAAGGGAUCAUAGCUUUCACCUGGAUUCACCUGAUCAGUCUAUGUCACGGAAAGAGCAGGUGUUCAUAAUCUAUUGUACACUUGUGUACUUCAACAUAGCCUGCUAAUGGCCAUAUGGGGUUGGGGUUGUUUUGGACAAACAUUGCGUUAUUGAGAAAUGGGCUUUGAUAUUGGGACUUGAUGAGUGUGUUGUCUUUGCAGAGUUGCUGUGGUGGUUUUGUACAGCUACAAGGACGAUUACUACAAGAUUCUUCUGUGAAACCGAAGAUGUGUUACUGCUCAGGACAAGCUCCAAGCUGCUCCCAGCACAGCAGGCUUCCUGUGGCACUUUUCUUUAUAGAGAAACAGUAUCUGUUUAGAAAGAUGACAGCUUUAUUAUGGCUUUCCUUUUGAGACUCUGAACCUAACGGCAAAAGUUAACUUUUAGUGUUAAAUUGUGAUCCAGUUACAAUCAUCUCUGAACCUCACAGCAUUUUGUGCUCCUCCCUACAACUACAAGACAAAAAGAUGGUUUCUAAUCUUCUUACUGUACCUGCCUUAAUGUAACGGUUAAUAUACAUUCUGAGGAGGAUUUUUUUUUUGAUUGCAGAUGUGUUGCUAUAUUUCCAAAUAAAUGGCCAAUUCCAUAUUGUGACAUGAUGAAUAAUAGCAAUAAAUCACAUAUUUUCCCUCAGUUUGUGGUUCUCUUCUGUGAGAUUGUUCUGCGGGAAC